UAAACUCAAGCGUCAAGCCCUAAUUUUUCAUUCUCCAUUCCUGUUUCUCUACUCACAUUUUAUCCCCCUCUCGAUACUCUGUCUCACAAUACACAAAGAGAAGGGGGCUGUGUGUCUGUAUCGGCCACUAUUUUCCUCCUCUUCCUCUGCCGUCCCGCCACCCAAGAAACAAUCAAGAUUCUUUUUUCUAUUGUUCAAAGCUGAGAUCUUUGUCUAAAAAAUUAAGAAUCUCUCCACACCCAUGAUUUUUCUCAGAUGCAUAAUUUCUCAUAGAAUCCACUGAUAAUUACACAUCUAUAGUUGUAUAAUAUUCAUUUAUACGUACGGAUGUAUAUACAGGAGUUGUGAGGAUGGAUUCGAUGCGGCUAGAUCUGAGCGGCAAGAGUUAUCCAGAACCGAUCGAUAUCUUCGACAGGCUACCUGAUUCUCUUAUUCUCUUGAUCUUCAAUAGAAUUGGAGAUGUCAAGACACUGGGCCGUUGCGGCGUCGUUUCUAAGCGAUUCCACUCGCUCGUUCCGCAGGUGGAUAAUGUCAUCGUCCGGGUUGAUUGCGUCAUCUCCGACGAAGAUCCUGCCUCCUCAGCUGCUACCUCGGCUGGCUCCUCUGCCUCCGAUAAGUCCCGCAACCCUUUCUCCUCUCUUUUUCGCUUCGUCUUCUCUGGUCUGUUUAAGCCGCUUCAGUCAUUAACCCAGCUUAUUACUUCCUCGCCCCGUUGCCACUCACUUUCAUCAAAUUCGGAAGAUUUGAACCUUGCUUCCGACCUGAACGGCGUGACUCACCAUUCUCCUACGCAGGUCUUAAAGAAUUUUAACGAAAUUAAGCUUCUCAGAAUUGAAUUACCUGUCGGGGAGCUUGGGAUUGAUGAAGGCACUUUGCUCAAGUGGAAGGCGGAUUUUGGGUCCACACUGGAUAAUUGCGUCAUUCUUGGAGCCUCCAGUGUAAGUCAGACUGCAAAAAGUUACGAAUUUUCUGGUUCUUGUAGUGUUAAUAAUGAUGCUAAUGGGAAUGACGUUGGAGCUGAAAAUGAUAAUGGGAGCUUACCCGAAUCAUUUUACACAAAUGAGGGCUUGAAAUUACGCGUAGUGUGGACAAUAAGCUCCUUGAUUGCGGCCUCUGCUAGGCAUUAUCUCCUUCAACCAAUAAUAGCGGAGCACAAGACGCUGAAGACCUUGGUUUUGACAGAUGCAGAUGGGCAGGGAGUGUUGUCUAUGAAUGAAGAGCAGUUGGAGGAGCUGAGGGUGAAACCUUUAUCGGUCUCCUCGGCUUCCAAGAGGACUCUGGUUCCAGCUCUGAACAUGUGGUUGUGGUAUGCUCCCCAUUUGGAAUUGCCCAAUGGGAUGGUACUGAAAGGAGCAACUUUAGUGGCCAUCAGGCCUAGUGAGCAGCUGAAGGAGGUGGUGGGGUCAGAAGGCAAUUGGGUUGUGUCGGCUUUUGAGGAGCCGUAUGGGACAGCCGCGAGGAUGUUGGUGAAGGGGAGGACUUAUUGUCUGGAAAUGAACUCGUUCUGAAAAUUGGGAUUCGGUAAAUAAGUCUGAGGUCUUUCCAAAAAUGAAGUUUGGCUUUCAAGGAGUAGGAUAUACAUAUUCCGAGAGGCAGGAAAAACUCAAAUUUGUAUUGAUCAAAUCGUGCUAUGAAUGAGUAACCAACAGAGGAUAAUUUUGAUUUCUAUUACAAAUGAAAUGCUGGCCAUUUGUUGAUUAUGAGCCAUAAACCCGUCCGCAUAAGGUCAGAGUUUGAAUUGAUGGAUGCAUUUGCUUCUGGGAGUGACCAAAAUGCUUCUGGAUUAUGUUGUAAAAGCCUUGUGCCAACAAGUCCGUCAUCUACCUUACUAGUUACAUAUCUGUGAAUAUUUUAGUUAUCGAGAUCCUUGCUAAUGUGAUGUCCCUUUAAAGUUUCAUUGAGCAUCGUAUCGGACAUUUCAGCUUUGUAUUGAUGUACUGGUAUUAGUUGAUCGCUGACUUGAUGAAUAUGUAAAUAUGGCAGACAUCUUAUGUAAAAGGAAUUUCUCGACUUUCUCUUUGGGGAGGAUUCUGGUAGGUAUUUGCCACGUGCUGAAAAUGAAUGCAUCGAGAUUUUUAUAUGUUUGAGCAGGGUUACCCAGUAUA